AUGACUGAUAACCAUAGAGGAUCAGGCUUGUCUACCUCACUUUUAGCAAGACUCCAAGAUGUAGAAGUUACUUAUGAGGGGGAAGGACUACAAAGUCAACUAAUUGGAGAAGGAUCAAACUCGAAGCCAAACUAUCAGACCCUCCCCUCCACAAUGCAAGGAGAGGAGGAAAGAGUCCCAGCGACGCUCAGGUUGGGUACAGCUUCAGGAGCAAAGAGGAAAAAGCCUGGCCCAAAACCAAAACCGAAACCUAAGCCGGAGUCCUCUUCAGGGGGUAACUUUCAAAAAGCAAGUGGCUUCAAGAUCAAAGAACCCUCCGAAGAAAAAGUUGUGUUUGGACCGUGCGGCGAGAUCAGAAGAAUUACCUUAUUCUAA